AGCUCAGUCCCAUCAGCUGUUGAUUCUCCUCCCCCUUGUUGCCAGAAAAAGGCAAAAACAUUUUCAAUUUCAGCCGCUUGCUUGAUCCCCCGAAUCGGAAAACAGCCAUGGACCGAGCCAGCCCACCCAGCUCAGCAGACGGCCGAAUUGGGAAACAGACACUCACACCGCCCAGCCUGCUCGAGCUCACCGAGGCCAUGAGAUCGAACCCAGAGCGAUGGCAGCAACUCAAGAUCGAGACUGACUCAGAACGACUGACUACUAACACCACCAACACCACCACUACUAACUCAGCCAGCACACCCACACCCUCCACUGCCACUGGCACUGGCCGACUCCGUCUACCACUCUCAACCCUACGAACCAGCCUCGACCGAAGAUCCAGCAUCUCUGCAUCAACACCCACAACCACAACCAACUCACCACCAGACCCUCAACCCCAAACCAACUCAAACAUCACUACUACUACAACCUCAACAACCGACCCCAAUCAAUCAGCCGACUCCCAACACCAUCAACUGCUGCUCCAGAGGAGAGGAUCAGCUUCGGACAUCAACAUCGGCAUCAACAGAGCCAGAGCUCCCUCCCUAGCCGCAAUCCAGGAACGCAUCGCCAGGAUGAAACCAGACGCACUUCCCAGCAAGACUGAAGCCAAGCCUACCUCCUCUGAGAAGCCCGCCUCAGCAACCGAUCCUCCCCCAGCCCUCGUCCUAACAUCUACCUCAUCAUCAUCAUCAAACCAGAUCAUCGAUUCACAACCAAAGGACGCUCAACCGAAACCACCAUCGCAAACUGUAGGGGAAGCCGUCCAACAACAGCCGAUCAGUUCGAACGACCAAGCAGUCAAUCAGCAACCAAACACCGAUCAUCAGCCAUCACAACCCCUUCAAGAGCUACACCCCCUCCAACACUCAUGGACCCUCUACUUCGACACCCGUCUCUCCAAGCGUUCGUCCACCAGUGGCAACCAUGCUACCGGCGGUCAGGCUUAUGAGGCCGGCCUCCAGCCUAUCGGAACCUUCCAAUCCGUCGAACAGUUCUGCAGGUUCUUCAAUUGGACCGUCAUCCCUAGUCAGAUGGACAUGAACUCCUCCGUCCAACUCUUCAAGGCUCAUAUCAAGCCCAUGUGGGAAGAUCCGGCUAACUCUAAAGGAGGAAAAUGGACGAUCACGAUGAAAUCGAAUUCGAACUUGGCAUUACUCGACAAAUUAUGGACCUAUCUAGUCCUAGGCCUAGUUGGCGAACAGAUCGAGACGAGCAGCACCAGUCCACAACAACAACAACAACAACAGGAUGAAGACCUCGUCUGUGGGGCCAUCGUCGCCACUCGUCCCAGAGGCAAUCGGAUCCAGAUCUGGGUCAAGGAGAAAGAUAACGUCGAGAAGAUCAAUUCGCUCGGCAAACGGCUGAUCAAUGUGCUCGAAAUUAAUGACCAUUCUGGGGUCUCUGUCGAAUUUUCGGCUCAUUCGGGUGGCUCACAUGGAGCAUCAAAGUUUAUAAGCAUCCAAGGACAUGGAGGACAUGUCAGUAAUACUUCAUCGCCUCAAACCCGGGGUGGCAACCAUUCGCAGACCCCAUUGAUCAGACCAGCGAUCGAGGGGAUGGUGAUUGGGGGGAUGGGGGAGAAGGGAUUAGGAGGCGGAGGAGGAAUAGGCCUGAUGCGGCGUUCGACGAGUGCGGAGGUGAGCCAAUUGGCGGCCGGACGGACGGGGGGGACGAUGGGCGUGAUCCCGGCGGGUGGGCCGGCGGGCUUUGGCGGGGCUGGGUCGUUCCGCGGGAUUCCGGGGGGCCCCACGGCGGGAGGCCGGGGAGGCAGCCAACUCUCGUCGCUGGACCCGCCGAUCCAGAACGGGGUGUGGCGCCCGGCGCCGGCCGGCCAACCUCCGUCUACGCUCGCUCGCCCGUCUGCCGUCCAAGCCGGCCCUCCUGGGAUGAUGGCCGCCUUCAUCGCUAACAAUCGCAGGCCGCAAUCCGCUCUCAACUUGCCUACCAUCGGCUCGCUUAGUUCUUCUUCUUCCUCCUCGGCGGCAAACUCUGCCAGUCCUGCUGCCUUGCCCGCUUUCGCUACCCUCAACCCCGCCUCUAAAUCCCGCCACCCUUCUCCCGCUCCUGGCCUCGAACCAACCUCGAACAAUACUACUACUACUGCCAGUACUACUCCUAAUCCGACUACUACGACCAGUUCUUCGUCUUCGUCCAACCCUACUAGAAAUCCUUCUCCUGCUCCUCCUGCUCCUCUUGGACUCGGCAUUCUUUCCGGAUCGUAACCGUCCUCUCGUCUCGUCUGGUUCAAGUGUUUUUUUUUUUUUUUUUUUCUUUCUUUGCUGUUGUUUUAAAGUUUUGUUGUUGAUCCGGAUGGAUGGCUGGCGUGUUUGUGUCGGUGUGUGGUGGAGGUGGUGGAUUGAUUGGUCGGUGGAGGUAUGUGGUCGUGGUCGUGUAUGGUCCGGUCCCUGUUUGCUUUGUACCGCGGAGUGGUGGAGUGGUGGAGAGGUGUGUGUGGGCCGUGUGCAGUCUCCUCACAUACUUCUCUCCCUUCCUCCUUCUUCAAACCCUCCAUCUUAUAUAUACAUCUCUCUAGUUUAUUUGCCAUCAGAAAAAACAACACCCAUCUUAGAUUUCGGACCUGGUUCUCCCUGCUUUUUCUGCUUCCAUCUCGGCAAUCAUCAGCCAUUCCAUUCCAUUCCAUCAAUCAAUCAACUGUUUUCGUUCAUCCUUAGAGCUCGUAGACUUCUUUCUUUCGACUCCUUCACGGUUGGUCUCCAUUUCCAGUUCUCCAGCUUCUUCCAACUCUCUCUCCCUUUUUUUCUCGCCUGUUUUUAUAGCUAUCCCUUUGCAUCUUUUUUGGCAGGUUUGCGCCUCCUCCUCCUUCUUCAUCCAACCCUCCUUUUUUUUGUUCCUUUUUUUUUCUCCUUGUAUUAUAUUACAUAUAUAUUUAUUUAUACAUUUUUUUUUUUUUCAAAUGUGUAUAUUGUUUCAAGUCAUCCAAGCUUUUAUUCAUUCAAAGUAUGAAGUUUUCAUGGA